UGGUCUGAUCGAACAGAGGGACAUUGUGAAAGCCCACCAGGCUCAUAAGAUACAAAGCACACCACAGGCACGACGCAAGGAGUGGGAAAUGGCCCGAUUUGGAGACGACGUUCCGGGCUUGUUGAGCUCAGGAGAUGGAGGGUCCGAGCGCAACAGGAACCGCGAUGGUGCGGCCGUGUCCACAGGUGGCAUCUCCCCAGCCUUCAAGCAGACCAAAGCGCAGCGUGCCCGAACCAUGGCCUUGUACAACCCCAUCCCGGUCAGGGAGAACUGUUUCACCGUCAACAGGUCCCUCUUCAUCUUUGGCGAGGACAACAUGGUCAGGAAGUACGCCAAGAAAAUCAUUGAAUGGCCUCCGUUUGAGUACAUGAUCCUCGCCACGAUCAUCGCCAACUGUAUCGUCUUGGCUCUGGAGCAGCACCUUCCCGGAGAGGACAAAACGCCCAUGUCUAAGAGGCUGGAGAAGACAGAGCCCUACUUCAUAGGGAUGUUCUGUUUUGAGGCGGGGAUAAAGAUCAUCGCCCUGGGCUUUGUAUUUCAUAAAGGCUCCUACCUCAGAAAUGGAUGGAACGUCAUGGACUUCAUUGUGGUCCUCAGCGGGAUCCUGGCUGCAGCAGGGGCUCACCUGAACAUCUCAGUGGACCUGAGGACUCUGAGGGCAGUGCGAGUGCUCCGGCCCCUCAAACUAGUCUCAGGCAUCCCCAGUCUGCAGAUAGUCCUGAAGUCUAUAAUGAAGGCCAUGGUUCCUCUGCUGCAGAUUGGCCUGCUGCUCUUUUUUGCAAUCCUCAUGUUUGCCAUCAUCGGCUUGGAGUUUUACAGUGGCAAACUUCAUUCUACCUGCCAGCCAGAACCUGGAAUACUGGAAAACGAGACAGUGGACUCUUCCGAGUUUGAGUUCCCAUGUGGCGUGCGUCAGUGUCCAGCCAAAUACAACUGCAGCGAUACUUGGAUUGGCCCUAAUGAUGGCAUCACCCAGUUUGACAACAUCCUGUUUGCUGUUCUCACUGUCUUCCAGUGCAUCACCAUGGAGGGAUGGACCACUGUACUCUACAAUACCGACGAUGCCUUGGGCCCCAACUGGAACUGGCUCUACUUUAUCCCUCUCAUCAUCAUCGGCUCCUUCUUUGUCCUGAACCUGGUGCUGGGAGUCCUCUCUGGGGAAUUUGCCAAGGAGAGGGAGAGGGUGGAGAACCGCAGGGCCUUCAUGAAAUUGAGACGCCAACAGCAGAUUGAGAGAGAGCUCAACGGCUACCGGGCCUGGAUCGACAGAGCAGAGGAGGUGAUGCUUGCUGAGGAGAAUAAGAAUUCAGGACCUUCUGCACUUGAUGCUCUCAGGAAGCUCCCAGAGUGGAGUACAGGUGGUGUCUAUGUGUUGAAGAGAGCCACCACCAUAAAGAGGAGAGGAAUGGAUGUGGUGUGUCGAGGGCAACCAGGGGAAGAACAAUAUGGUGACAUCUCCUCUGUGGGUAUCCCCAUGGCCAGAGCAAGUAUUAGGAGUGCUAGACGAGGUCCAACAGCAUAUUUUCGCCGUAAAGAGCGUCUCUUGCGCAUCUCCAUCCGCCGCGUGGUGAAGACACACACCUUCUACUGGACAGUGCUGGGCCUGGUGGCUCUCAACACGCUGUGUGUUGCAAUUGUUCACCACAAUCAGCCUCUCUGGCUGUCCAACUUUCUCUACUAUGCAGAGUUCCUGUUCCUCGCUCUGUUCCUGACUGAGAUGUUUCUGAAGAUGUACAGCUUAGGCCCACGCCUCUACUUCCACUCCUCUUUCAACUGCUUUGACUGCAGUGUGAUUGUUGGCAGCAUCUUUGAAGUGCUGUGGGGUUUCUUCAGGCCUGGCACUUCUUUUGGCAUCAGUGUCCUGCGUGCUCUCCGUCUGCUGAGGAUCUUCAAGAUCACAAAGUAUUGGGCGUCUCUGAGGAACCUGGUCGUCUCUCUGAUGAAUUCUAUGAAGUCCAUCAUCUCCCUUAUAUUCCUUCUCUUCCUCUUCAUUGUUGUCUUCGCACUUCUUGGCAUGCAGCUCUUUGGUGGAAGGUUCAUCUUCGAAGACUACACCCCGACAAACUUUGACACCUUUCCUGCAGCCAUCAUGACUGUCUUUCAGAUCCUGACAGGAGAGGACUGGAAUGAGGUGAUGUACAACGGUAUUCGCUCUCAAGGAGGAGUGAAAUCAGGCAUGUGGUCCUCCAUCUACUUUAUAGUGCUCACACUGUUUGGAAACUACACUCUGCUGAAUGUUUUCUUGGCCAUUGCCGUGGACAACCUUGCCAAUGCACAAGAACUUACUAAGGAUGAAGAGGAAGCAGAAGCAGCAUUCAAUCAGAAGCAUGCUCUCCAGAAAGCAAAGGAGGUUGGACCGUUGUCCUCCUUCAUGUCUUCAGAGGGAAGCCGGAGAAGGCGGCCCUACCUUUACAGGAAAAGAGCCAUCCACCGUAGUCGGCCUACCUACUCCUGCUCCCUGGAAGAGGCCCAGGGCAGCAUCAAGGAGUUCCGCCCACCCCCACCACUCAACCCCUCUAACUCUUUCAUGUCCAGGAGAGAGAGAAGUAAAAGGAUGACCAUGUCAGUGUGGGAGCAGAGGACCAGCCAGCUGCGGAAACACCGCCAGAUGUCCAGCCGAGAGAUCCUGUUCAACAACCCCAGCGAGGAGAAGGAUGGGCCGCCUGCUGCAGCUCAGGCCCAGCACGGACAUCCGCUGUCACUUCACCGCAAGACCAUGCAGCAAACACCAUCUGGGAGUCUGAAGGGUCAGACAGACCCCCUGGCGUCACCAUCCAAAAACCAGGCUGUGGAUAUGCCUCUGGAUGCUGCCCUCUCUGGUGACAUUACAGAUCCGUCAAUGUCAGUACUGAUGCCAGAGUCACUGGAUCCAAUGAAAGAACCCCUUCCUGAUGCUUCUGUGACCAUGGCUGUACCAGAGCCUCCUGAAGUACAGCCCGUCACUGAGGGCGGAAAACUUGGUGUUAAUCAUAACACCAACAGUGAGCGCAGGAGCCCCAGAUUGAACGGCGAGCGUCAGCACAGGGCAGUGAAAAAGUUCCGACCACCAGAUAACAGUGACACCCUGACACCCGAGAUGGGAGGUCAUGGUGGGGUCAGAGGCAGGAGGGCGCAACAUCACUGUGACAAUCAGACUGGGACCAGAAGUCAGGGGUCAUUGCCGCGGAACGGAAGCCACCUGGAGAAUCGAUCAGUCAGCCGGGAGCGAAAGAGAAACCCAGGGAAAGUAGAGGAGAAGGAAGCAGAGUCUGAAAAGAGGGAGGGAGAGGUUUCCAAACCUGAGGAGAGCAGACAAGGUAACUGUAGUGAGGGAGGGGACACUGACCCACCAGCCAACCAUACUGGUGACCAGAAGCAGGAGGAGCCUCAAAAGCAGUCAGACGCAUCUCCACCUGUUGUCCCAGAGAGCAACAAAGAGGACAAGGAAGCAGAGCAGGACCAGGAUAAAUCUCAGCUCACCUCAAGCGUGAUCAUUGAGGUGCCCAACGACCAGUCGUCUCUGGAGCUCUCCACGAUCACAGUCAACAGUAAAGACCCUGAAACCUGUAAAUCAGAGAAGGAGGAGGCAGAGGAGACACAGCCUGUCAACACUGUGACCCCAGACAGCAUGUUCAUCUUCAAACCUGACAACCCGGUGCGCCGAGUGUGUCAUUAUGUGGUGAACCUCAGGUACUUUGAAAUGUCCAUCCUCCUGGUCAUAGCUGCUAGUAGUAUAGCACUCGCUGCAGAGGACCCUGUGGCCACCUCCUCUGACUGGAAUAAGGUUCUACGAUAUUUUGAUUAUGUGUUCACUGGAGUCUUCACAUUUGAAAUGAUUAUAAAGAUGAUUGACCAGGGUCUAAUCCUUCAUGAUGGCUCCUACUUCAGAGACUUGUGGAACAUCCUUGACUUCAUUGUUGUUGUGGGAGCACUGGUGGCCUUCGCCCUCACCAAUGUGAUGGGAAAUAACAAAGGACGGGACAUUAAAACCAUCAAAUCUCUGAGAGUGUUGCGUGUCCUCAGACCCUUGAAGACCAUCAAGAGACUUCCUAAACUCAAGGCGGUGUUUGACUGCGUGGUGACAUCUCUGAAAAAUGUCUUCAACAUCUUGAUUGUCUACAAGCUUUUCAUGUUCAUCUUUGCCGUCAUCGCUGUGCAGCUCUUCAAGGGGAAGUUUUUCUACUGUACCGACAGUUCGAAGGACACAGAGAAGGACUGCCAGGGUUAUUACAUUGAUUAUGGGAAAGACAAGAAAGAGGUGAAGAGAAGAGACUGGAAGAGGCAUGAGUUCCACUACGACAAUGUCAUCUGGGCUCUGCUGACUCUCUUCACUGUUUCCACUGGAGAGGGAUGGCCUCAGGUCCUGCAGCACUCAGUUGAUGUUACAGAGGAGGACAGGGGACCGAGCCACGGCAACAGGAUGGAGAUGUCCAUCUUCUAUGUCAUCUACUUUGUUGUCUUUCCUUUCUUCUUCGUCAACAUCUUCGUGGCUCUCAUCAUCAUCACCUUUCAAGAACAGGGGGAUAAGAUGAUGGAGGAGUGCAGCCUGGAAAAGAAUGAGAGGGCAUGCAUAGACUUUGCCAUUGGUGCCAAGCCCCUAACCCGUUACAUGCCCCAAAACCGGCACACGUUCCAAUACCGUCUGUGGCAUUUUGUGGUGUCGCCAUCUUUUGAGUAUACCGUCCUGGCCAUGAUCGCUCUCAACACCAUCGUACUGAUGAUGAAGUAUUACUCUGCCCCGCCGACAUAUGAUGCCGUACUGAAGCACCUGAACACAGCUUUUACUGUUCUCUUCUCUGUCGAGUGUGUCCUCAAGAUCAUGGCCUUCGGCUUUCUGAACUACUUUCGAGACACAUGGAAUAUUUUCGACUUCAUCACUGUCUUGGGCAGCAUCACUGAGAUUGUGGUAGAAUUGCAGUCUUUUCCAUCGUUCAACAUGAGUUUCUUGAAGCUGUUCCGAGCAGCUCGCCUGAUCAAGCUGCUGAGACAAGGCUACACCAUUCGGAUCCUUCUGUGGACCUUUGUCCAGUCAUUCAAGGCUUUGCCCUACGUUUGCCUGCUCAUCGCCAUGCUCUUCUUUAUCUACGCCAUCAUUGGCAUGCAGGUGUUUGGGAACAUUAAGCUGAAUGAGGAGACUCACAUUAACCAGCACAACAACUUCAAGACCUUCUCUGGUGCUCUGAUGCUGCUCUUCAGGAGUGCCACAGGGGAGUCAUGGCAGGAGAUCAUGUUGUCAUGUCUGGGGGGGCGGCAGUGUGAGACGGAUCCAUCGCAUACAGCAGUACAUACGACUGCCCAGGAGGGAGGCUGUGGCUCCGACUUUGCCUAUUUCUACUUUGUCUCCUUCAUCUUCUUCAGCUCCUUCCUGAUGCUGAACCUGUUCGUGGCUGUGAUCAUGGAUAACUUUGAGUAUCUGACCCGGGACUCAUCCAUCCUGGGUCCCCACCACCUGGAUGAGUUUGUCCGAAUCUGGGGGGAGUAUGAUCGUGCUGCCUGUGGUCGCAUCCAUUACACUGACAUGUAUGAGAUGUUGACCAACAUGUCGCCACCUCUAGGCCUGGGCAAGAAAUGCCCCUCCAAGGUGGCAUAUAAGAGACUAGUCCUGAUGAACAUGCCUGUGGACGAUGACAUGUCCGUCCACUUCACUUCCACCCUCAUGGCCCUCAUCCGCACAGCCCUGGAGAUAAAGAUAGCCCGAGGAGGAGAGGAUCGAAAUCAGAUGGACCUGGACCUUCAGAAGGAGAUUAGUGUCAUAUGGCCUCACCUCUCUCAGAAGACACUGGACCUGCUGGUUCCCAUUCACAAGGCCAGUCACAUGACAAUAGGGAAGAUCUAUGCCGCCAUGAUGAUCAUGGACUACUACAAGCAGAGCAAGGCCAAGAAGCUCCGACAACAACUGGAGGAACAGAAACAUGCGCCUAUGUUCCAGCGUAUGGAUGCCUCCUCUCUGCCUCAAGAAAUCCUAUGCAAUGCCAAUAUGUUCUUCAAACACAGUGCUGGAUCUGCUCUCACCAGAGGAGGCUUUGUGGCACUCAGCCCCAUCUCUCCCCAAGAGAUGUUCAUGCAGCCUCACUCCAGGGAAGAGAAGGAGGGAGAUGACGAUGACAACUACCAUUCACCCUAUCACCCGUACCACAACCCACAUCAUCAUCAUCACCAUUUACAAACACUGGUGCCAGAUGUAGUUGAGUAUAACCAAUUGAAGCAGCAGGAGAGGCAGGACCCAACAGUGAUAAAAUCACCUCAGCGGACAGCAUCUAUCAGAGCAUCCUCUAUGCCCAGACUGGCUGUUGAUCCACAGCCUGGAAUGUCAGCAGACAGUAAGCUGAUGAAGCGCUCCUUCUCCACUAUCGGCGACCAGUGCGUGAACAGCCUGUGGCAGGAGCAGCACUCUCUGGAGAGAAUAAGCCCUGACGACACAUACAGGCCUCGCCAGAAGAACUUCCGAGGCAUGAGAAUCAACCAUAGAGAAACAAGUAGUCAUGAGAGAGGGCGAUCUAAGGAACGGCGCCACCUACUGUCUCCAGAUGUGUCCCGCUGUAACUCUGAGGAGCGCAGCCGCGACCCAUCAUGUGAGAGGAGACGGUCCCGCUCACCAAGUGAAGGACGUGCACACACCUUACAGAGACAGGUCAACACAUCAGGCAGCCCCUGCCAGUCAGCCUCAGACUCUGGUACUCCUCGUAAUCGGCGCCAGCUUCCCCAGACACCCUCUCGCCCACGGCCUUACAUCUCCUACUCACCUCUGGUCUGCCGAGCCCACCCAUCUGCUACACCAGCAACCUCCUCUGAGGAACAGACCCAGCCUCAGGAUGGCCCUGGUGGCUCUACAGAGAACUCGUGGAGGGCUAAUAAGGAUGGCAAGCCUCUGGCUGCAGGUCAGGGGUCAUCAGGAGGUCAGGUAUCGGGACCAAGCCACCCAUCUCCUCACCGCUACAUCUCAGAGCCCUACCUCCCUUUUCAUGAGGACCUCAGUGGUGGUGAAGCAGGCGAGGGGCAGGAGACCCUCACUUUUGAGACUGCCAUGGCAACCAGUCUGGGACGUGCCAAUGCCAUAAACUCCGCCCCUCAGCUCAGACACUCCUGGCAGGUUCCUAAUGGCCAUUUCCGGAAGCAUUUGGGCCAGUCUAGCCCAGCUGACGCCAGCGAGCUGCUAAGUGACACAGACGAGGACGACCGCUGCUAAAAUCCAGAGUGGAUGAUAGGGAAGAGGAUGCACAGAAAGGCAGGG